GAUGCAACGAUGUGUGUUUCUUUCAGAUGGUGGGUUUUGGGCUAGUCUGUCUGGGAACAUGGUUUCGGGUCAUCACUACAUUCAUAGGAUUGUACCAAAUGAAUGAACAGAAAACAACACCGUUCACUAUUGGUGUGACGGCGUUGGUCACCACCGGUUUUCUGAUAAUGAUGGUCGCUGUUCUCGGCAAUCAUGGCGCAUGUAGCCGCAAUAAAUCUGUUCUUAAUGUGUUUUCUGGCCUGCUGUCCUUUCUGAUCAUCAUAAACAUCGCAGUAGGAGUGACGGCCUUUAUGUGGCGUGGAGAAAUGUCAGACAGGUUGGGAAAGUUCUACAUCAAGAUCUACACUCAGUAUCCGCACACCAGGCGUAAUAAUGAAACCAUGGUUCUCAAACUAUUCCACAAAACUUUAGACUGCUGUGGCAUUGGUGAACCGAUUGAACAGAGUGUGCUUGACACCUGUCCAGAAGGCAACUUCCCGAAGCAGAUCCCAUUUAAU